CAAGUCACAAUGAUUCUCCUCGCCACCCUUUUACUUGUUACGAGAACAGAGGCUACUCCAUCAGUGUGGGCUUGUCCAUUUGCUCCCAUAGGGCCAUUGACUCCUAUCGACUUUCGAUUCGGAGAGGAAUGUCCGCGGUAUUCGUUUCUUCACUACUAUGUCUGCUGUGACGAUAAUCCGUACCAGUGUUGUUUCCACUUCGAAACUUGGGCCAUCUAUAACCGUAACGUUCAACUUUUUUUCUCCCUUUGA